AUGGAUGUGUGCGCCCGUGUUGCCCUGUGGCUCCUCUGGGGGCUCCUCCUGCAUCACGGCCAGAGCCUCAGCCAUAGCCACAGCGAGAAGGGUACAGGAACCGGCUCAGGGGCUAGUUCUGAGGAGUCCACUGCAGCAGAGUUUUGCCGGAUUGACAAGCCCCUGUGCCACAGUGAGGAUGAGAAGCUCAGCUUUGAUGCAGUCCGCAGCAUCCACAAGCUGAUGGACGAUGAUGCCAAUGGUGACGUGGAUGUGGAAGAAAGCGAUGAGUUCCUGAGGGAAGACCUCAAUUACCAUGAUCCGACAGUGAAACACAGCACCUUCCAUGGUGAGGAUAAGCUCAUCAGUGUGGAGGACCUGUGGAAGGCAUGGAAGUCUUCAGAAGUGUACAACUGGACCGUGGAUGAGGUGGUGCAGUGGCUGAUCACGUAUGUGGAGCUGCCUCAGUAUGAGGAAACCUUCCGGAAGCUGCAGCUGAGUGGCCAUGCCAUGCCGAGGCUUGCUGUGACCAACACCACCAUGACAGGGACUGUACUAAAGAUGACAGACCGGAGCCAUCGGCAGAAGCUGCAGCUGAAGGCCCUGGAUACAGUGCUAUUUGGGCCUCCUCUCUUGACCCGCCAUAAUCACCUCAAGGACUUCAUGCUGGUGGUGUCGAUCGUUAUUGGCGUGGGUGGCUGCUGGUUUGCCUACAUCCAAAACCGUUACUCAAAGGAGCACAUGAAGAAGAUGAUGAAGGAUCUGGAGGGGUUACACAGAGCUGAGCAGAGUCUGCAUGACCUUCAGGAAAGGCUGCACAAGGCCCAAGAGGAGCACCGCACAGUGGAGGUGGAGAAGGUACAUCUGGAGAAGAAGCUGCGUGAUGAGAUCAACCUUGCCAAGCAGGAAGCCCAGCGGCUGAAGGAGCUGCGGGAGGGUACUGAGAAUGAGCGGAGCCGCCAAAAAUACGCAGAGGAGGAGUUGGAGCAGGUUCGGGAGGCCCUGAGGAAAGCAGAGAAGGAACUGGAAUCACACAGCUCAUGGUAUGCUCCAGAGGCCCUUCAGAAGUGGCUGCAGCUGACCCACGAGGUGGAGGUGCAGUACUAUAACAUCAAGAAGCAAAAUGCUGAGAAGCAGCUGCUGGUGGCCAAGGAAGGGGCUGAGAAGAUAAAAAAGAAGAGAAACACACUCUUUGGCACCUUCCACGUGGCCCACAGCUCUUCCCUGGAUGAUGUGGAUCACAAAAUCCUCACUGCGAAGCAAGCUCUGAGUGAGGUGACGGCAGCACUGAGGGAGCGCCUGCACCGCUGGCAGCAGAUUGAGAUCCUCUGUGGCUUCCAGAUUGUCAACAAUCCUGGCAUCCACUCCCUGGUGGCUGCUCUCAACAUAGACCCCAGCUGGAUGGGCAGCACGCGCCCCAACCCUGCCCACUUCAUCAUGACCGACGACGUGGAUGACAUGGAUGAGGAGAUUGUGUCACCCUUGUCCAUGCAAUCUCCCACCCUGCAGUGCAGUGUCCGGCAGCGCCUGACGGAACCACAGCACGGCCUGGGAUCUCAGAGGUUGGUAGAGGGCGAGGCUGGCCACUUCUUGACAAGCCGGGUCUCUCUGCGGCGAAUGCGCAGCCUUUCAUCUGGACAGUCUUUCAGUUCUGAAGGCCACGGGACCAGCUCUCCACCUGCCUCUGCUUCUUCUUCCUGUUCCUCUACCACCACCACCACCACCACCACCUCCUCCUCCACCACCACCACCACCACCUUCACCACCUCCAUCACCAACGUCCAUGUUCACCCUGUCUAUUACCACCACAGCACUUCCUAUUUCCUCCAGAUGAAGCCCUACCCUGACCCAUCCCCUGCUGACAGCACCGCUGUGAUGCCUGGGCAUUCAGAGAGCUUGGGGGAUUUGACCCUUUCCGAUUCGGAGUCCUCCCUCCACAUGAGUGACCGCCAGCGUAUGGCCCCCAAGCCUCCUCAGAUGGUCCGUGCUGCAGAUGAGGCCCUCAACGCCAUGACCUCCAAUGGCAGCCACCGGCUGAUUGAGGGGGUCCACCCCGGGUCUUUGGUGGAGAAACUGCCUGACAGCCCUGCCCUGGCCAAGAAGGCACUACUGGCGCUGAACCAUGGGCUGGACAAGGCCCACAGCCUGAUGGAGCUGAGCCCCUCAGCCCCACCUGGUGGCUCUCCACUUUUGGAUUCUUCCCGUUCUCACAGCUCCAGUUCCCCAGACCCAGACACACCAUCUCCGGUUGGGGACGGCAGAGCCCUGCAGGCUAGCCGAAAUACACGCAUUCCCCAUCUGGCUGGCAAGAAGGCUGUGGCUGAGGAGGAUAAUGGCUCCAUUGGUGAGGAGACAGACUCCAGCCCAGGCCGGAAGAAGUUUCCCCUCAAAAUCUUUAAGAAGCCUCUUAAGAAGUAGUCAGGAUGAGAGUGGCAGUGGCGGGACAGCUUGCCCUUCCCUGGUCUUCUGCCUCUCUUUCUUCCCCUUCCAAGAUCCCUGGCCCCUAGAGUGGGGCAUGGGAGGGGCUGGCCCAGGGGCCUCGGCACUGUACAUACCUGCCCCCCUCAUCCUUGGGUCCUUCAACAUUAUUUAUUAACUGACCACCAUGGCCUGCCUGCCCUGCCCUCCCACCCACGGGCUGCCGCUGCCACUCCCUCUCUACUUCAGUGCAUGUCUUAGUUGCUGUCCCCUCAGCUCCCAGCUCCACUUCUGGGGUCCAGCUUCUGUCUCUGCUGUCCCAGUUUUGAAGUUUGGUUUCUUGUUUCUCUGUGUUUCCUGCUUUCAGGCUCCUCCC